AGCUUGGAGGCUUAUGUGCCUGCAGAUGAGGGAAGAGGCACUGGAUUGCACCUUUACUGACUUUUUCCUGCCAGCCAGGACAGGCAGUAAGCUGUGCUGUUACUCGAAGCUUGGCCCUGUGCAGAGAGGUUGAUAUGUCACUUCGCUUUGGGCAGCACCUCAUCAAGCCCUCUGUUGUGUUUCUGAAGACGGAGCUAUCUUUUGCACUUGUCAACAGGAAGCCUGUGGUCCCGGGACAUGUUCUCAUUUGCCCUCUCCGUCCUGUGGAACGUUUCCGUGACCUGCGCCCUGAAGAAGUGGCUGAUUUAUUCUGUACUACACAGCUGGUUGGAAAUGUGGUAGAGCAACAUUUUGGUGGGACUUCACUCACCAUAUCAGUUCAGGAUGGUCCUGAAGCUGGGCAGACUGUGAAGCAUGUCCAUGUCCAUAUACUUCCAAGGAAGGCUGGAGAUUUCAGCAAGAAUGACAACAUCUAUGAUGAGCUUCAGCAUCAUGACAAAGAGGCAGAGGAUUCUCCCAGCAAGUGGAGGUCUGAGGAGGAAAUGGCAGCAGAAGCAGCCAGCCUCAGGAGGUAUUUUCCAUGAGGCAGGAGACCAUCAUCCCUCUGUAAGACAGGCAACAGAGUAUCUUCAAUGAAUUCUGAAGUAUAAGAAAAUGAAGAAAGAGUGAAUCCCCUUUUGUUCUCUGUUGAACUGAUAUUUAAUGUUCAGAAGAUGUUGAUGCAUUCCGUAGAGACACUCCAUUAUUCUUCAGGAUAUUUUAUAGGCCCCAUCUAAGGGUUGUCUGGGUUAAUGUGUUUGACAUCCAGAGUUUGAUACAGAAUGUCUUGAAGUAGUUGUUGAACGUUCUCGUAGUAAAUACUUUUGAAUUGUUUCUUGGCCUAAAAUGAAUUAAAGUAAUAUAAUAACCA